CGUCUCAACAACACCACUGCACCGCGCCAUGCCGACCGACACGCAGGGCUCACCAGGGCCAAUCCCCGACAGCCUCGACAGGCUAGAGAAGCUACUCGAGAGCCGCGAGCACUUCCUCGCCGUGGGCGGGGACAGCGAGCUGGCCAACUCGGCGCUCGAUGCCACCAAGGGCAUCUUCGACCUGGCCCUCUCGCUCGAGCCCAAGUCUCACCCCCACCUUCACCCCUUCCUUGUGUCGAUCCUGCAGCCUCCCUCCAUCUCGCUGCGCUCCAAGCAGGGCGCGCAGGAGGAGGCCGAGGACGCGCCGGCCGACCCCGCCGAGCUCCUGCCGUACACGCCUCUGUCGGUGCUCACGACCGACGGGAUGGACCAUGAGCAGGUGUGGGCGCAGCUCGAGCUGCGUGCCGACGGUAUCUGCAAGAUCGCCAAGGAGGUCGGCUCGGGCGACCAGGAGGACGAGGACGCCGAGGAUGACGACGACGAGAGCGAGCUCGAGGACGACGACAGCCAGGAGGAGAUGACUGUCGAGGAGUGGAAGCAGAUGAUGGCAGAUGAGGGGUAUGAGGAGGGGGAGAGCGCGAGUGAGGAUGACGAGGAUGAGGAAGAGGACUCCGAGGAAGGCUCCGAGGACGACGAGGAGCUGGACGACGACGAGUCGCUGGAGUUUGGAGAUGAGGAUGACGAGGGCCUGAGUCUCGGAAGCGAGGACGAGGACAUGGAGGAGGGUGAGGAUGAGGAUGAUGAAGACGAGGAGGAGGACGAGGAGGACGGCUCCGACGCCGCCGACUCGGACCUCAACCCCGACGUCGACAUGGACGGCUCGGACGACGACGGCUUCGCCGCUGGCCCCUCCAAGCCACGAAAGAAGUCCAAGCACGCAACCCUCGACGACGAGUUCUUCUCCAUCGACGACUUCAACCGCUUGACCGAGGAGCAGGAGGCGACCCACGUCACUGGCGGCCACCUUGGCGGCGACGACGAGGAGGAGGCCGAGCUGGACGACAUUGGCGCCAUGUUCCUCGUGGAGGGCGACGAGGAUGCUCCUCUCAUGUACUCCGACUUCUUUGAGCCACCAAAACGGGCAGAGGCGCCUGCGAAGGGCCAUGUCAAGAAGACGACAAAGAAGGGCAAGUCGGCACGCUUCGCCGAGGAGAUGGACGAGGAGGAUGAUGAUGAGGACGAGCUUGUCGACGAGACCCGCGAGACGAUGAGCCGCGUCAAGAGCGACCUGUUCGAGGACAGCGAGGACGAGGAGGAGAGCGAGCAGACCCUCUCAACACACGAGCGAAGGCAACGAGAGCUCGCGGCGCAGAUUGCCGAGCUUGAACAGGAAGCCAUCGGCCCCAAGGACUGGACGCUGCUGGGUGAGGCGAGCAGCCGUGCACGACCAGAAAACUCGCUGCUCGAGGAGCACCUCGACUUUGAGCAGGUGCAGAAGGUCGUGCCUGUUAUCACUGAGGACACUGUUGCCUCCCUCGAGGAGCUUAUCAAGAAGCGCAUCUUGGAUAACAACUUUGACUCUCCUGUCCGCGUCCGCGCUUUCGAGCCCACACCUUUCCUCCCCUCGCGCUUCUUCGACCUGCAGGACACCAAGUCGACUCAGUCGCUCGCGCAGAUCUACGAGAACGAGUACCAGGCUGCCGCUGCCGGCGGCAAGGCUGCCGACCCACGCGACGAGAAGCUGCGCAAGGAGCACGACGAGAUUGACCGCCUGUGGAACGAAGUGUGCUACAAGCUCGACGCGCUCAGCUCGCUCAACUUUGUGCCCAAGGCACCCAAGGCGCAGAUCACGACGAUUGACAACAUUGCGACGACGAGCCUCGAGACUGCCCUGCCGUCGAGCCAGGCGGCGACGACAAUGCUGGCGCCACAGGAGCUGUUUGGCGGGCCCAAGGCGUCGGAGCUCACUGCGCGCAGCGAGCAGACGCCCGAGGAGGCGCACGCCGCUCGCGCCAAGGCGCGCCGCGCGAAGAAGGCGCAGACUGCCCGCCUCGGCGCCACGGCCGGCCUGUACGGCAAGAAGCGCCAGAGCGUGCGCGAGCAAAAGGACGAGGCGAUGAAGAGCCUCGUCAAGUCGGGCAAGGGCGUCACGGUCGUUGGCAAGGGCGAGCAGGAGGAGGCCAAGCGCAAGCGCCGCGAGGCGAACACGACCGACUCGAAGCGUCUCAAGCUGUAGCAGGUAUUAGGUGUCUGGCAUAUGCAUGUUUCCUUCCAUCGGGG